AUGAAGAUAAUUAUAUAUUUUUGCAUUUGGGCAGUAGUAUGGGCUGUUCCACUUCCUCAAACCAAACCAUUGGAGAGACAUGCUGUUGAAAAAUCUGUGAAUUUACAUCUUCCAGCAAAAUCAAAAGUGCCACUACAGGAUGAGUUCAAUGACAAUGACACCACCAAAGAAAGUGAAAGGCAACAGCUUACCCAAGGUGGUUACCAAGGGGAUGGGGAUGGCUCUGAGUGGGCAGAGAUCAGAGGGAAGAAUUCUCCUACACAUUCUAUGCUGGCAAACAAAGAUGGGAACAUUGAGGGUUGGAAUGGGAGCACAGGGCAACCAGAAACAUAUGGUCAUGAUGGGCUAUAUGCAAGAGAAGAUAACAUCACAGCAAAUGGCAUCAGAGGACAAGUAAGCAUCAUUGGCCUCACUGGAGCAGCAAAUGGAAGUGAUAUUAAUGGGAACAGCACGAGUCAGAAUGAAGAUACCACUGUUGUCCAAGAAGGUGGACCUCAAGUAUCUGGAAGCAAUAAUAAUACAGACCAUGAGGAUGAGAUGAAUGAGAAUUCCUGUGGAAAUGAGGGUGAUGCAAACGAAGUAACACCUCAGAGAGAAGGCGGGAGAAAUGGGACUAUGGAGUCUGAGGUAACACCAAACAUUGGAGAAGAUGCUGGCCUGGAUGAUUCUGAUGGGAGUCCUAGUGGGAAUGGAGCAGAUGAGGAUGAAGACAAGGGCUCUGGUGAUGAAGCUGAAGAUGCAGGGAAUGGAAAAGAGGGCAGUGAUAACAGCAAGGGCCAGGAAGGUCAGGGUCAUGAAGAAGAAGAUGAAAAUGACAAUAGUAGAGGUCACAGUUCAAUGAGUAGUGAAGAUGAUGACCCUGAAGACAAAGAUCCCCAUAAUGACACUGAUGGAGACAACGCUUCCAAGAGUGAGGAAGAUUCUGAUGGAAUUCCAGAAGACAAUGGCAGUCAAAGAGUAGAGGACACCCAGGAGCUCCAUCACGGACAAAGCAAAGGUGUAGAAAAUGGAAUCACCAAAGAAUCAGAGCAAAGUGCAGUCGGGAAGAGCCAAGAUAAGGGAAUAGAAAUCAAAGAUCCUAGCAGUGACAACAGAAAUAAUAUCACCAAAGAAGCUGGGAAAACCAAUGAAGAUAAAGGGAGUAAAACACAACACGGGAUGAUCAUGGGCAAAGGAAAUGUCAAGAUACAAGGAGAGGGUGACAAGGUGCAAGGUCCUGGCCAGACGUCAGAGCUCGGAAAUACAGCUGAACACAGCAAAGCAGGCAGUGACAGCAAUAGUGAUGGGUAUGACAGUUAUGAUUUUGAUGAGGAAUCAAUGCAAGGAGAUGACCCUAACAGCAGUGAUGAGUCAAAUGGUACUGAUGAUGCUAAUUCACAAAGUGACAAUGACAGCAGCAGCCAAGGAGAUGUUUCUUAUGACUCUGAUGAAUCAAAAGGUAAUGACAAUGACAGUGACUCCAAGGGAGAAGGAGAUGAUGAUGACAGUGAUGACAGUGAUAGUAGAUCAGACACUGAUGAUAGUGAUAGUAAUGGCAAUGGUAACAAUGGGAGUGAUGGCGAUGACAACUCAGAUGGCAGCAAAGGUAAAUCAGAUAGCAGUGACAGCAGUGACAGCAGUGAUAGUAGUGACAGCAGUGACAGCAGUGACAGUAGUGAUAGUAGUGACAGCAGUGAUAGUAGUGACAGCAGUGACAGCAGCCACAGCAGUGACAGUAGUGACAGCAGUGACAGUGACAGCAGUGAGAGUAGUGACAGCAGUGACAGUGACAGUAGUGACAGCAGUGACAGUAGUGACAGCAGUGAUAGUAGUGUUAGCAGUGACAGCAGUGACAGUAGUGAUAGCAGUGACAGUAGCAACAGCAGUGACAGCAGUGAUAGUAGUGACAGCAGUGACAGCAGUGACGGAGACAGCAGUGAUAGCAGUGACAGCAGCAAUAGCAGUGACAGCAGUAACAGCAGUGACAGCAGUAACAGCGACAGCAAAUCAGAUAGCAGUGACAGCAGUGAUAGUGACAGUAAGUCAGAUAGCAGCAAUAGUAGUGACAGUAAAUCAGACAGCAGUGAUAGCAGCGAUAGCAGUGAUAGUAGCGACAGCAGUGACAGCAGCAACAGUAGUGACAACAGCAAUAGCAGUGAUAGCAGUGACAGCAGCGACAGCAGCAAUAGCAGUGACAGCAGCGACAGCAGCGAUAGUAGUGACAGCAGCGACAGCAGUGACAGCAGCGACAGCAGCAACAGCAGUAGCAGUGACAGCAGCGACAGCAGUGACAGCAGUGACAGCAGCAACAGCAGUAGCAGUGACAGCAGCGACAGCAGUGACAGCAGCGAUAGUAGUGACAGCAGUGACAGCAGCGAUAGUAGUGACAGCAGUGACAGCAGCGACAGCAGCGAUAGUAGUGACAGCAGCGAUAGCAGUGACAGCAGCGACAGCAGUGACAGCAGCGACAGCAGCGAUAGUAGUGACAGCAGCGAUAGCAGCGACAGCAGCGACAGCAGCGAUAGCAGUGACAGCAGUGACAGCAGCGACAGUAGUGACAGCAGUGACAGCAGUGAGAGCAGUGACAGCAGCGAGAGCAGUGACAGCAGCGACAGCAGCGAUAGUAGUGACAGCAGCGACAGCAACGACAGCAGCGAUAGUAGUGACAGCAGCGACAGCAGCGACAGUAGCGACAGCAGUGACAGCAGUGACAGCAGUGAUAGUAGUAAAAGCAGUGACAGCAGCGAUAGCAGUGACAGCAGUGACAGCAGUGAUAGUAGUAAAAGCAGUGACAGCAGUGAUAGCAGUGACAGUAGUGACAGCAGCAACAGCAGUGAUAGCAGUGACAGUAGUGACAGCAGUGAUAGCAGUGACAGCAGUGAUGAGAGUAACAGUCAAAGCAAGUCCAGUAAUGGCAAUAACAAUGGAAGUGACAGUGACAGUGACAGUGACAGUGAAGGCAGCGAUAGUAACCACUCAACCAGUGAUGAUUAG